CGAGUAGCUUAAUUUCUUCGUUCCGAUCAUAUGAUGAUGUCCGAUCUUCCCCGCGAUUUGGUAGAAGAAAUACUCUCUAGGAUUCCGGCCACAUCUGUGAAACGAUUACGAUCUACUUGCAAACUAUGGAACACUUUAUUCAACAACCGAAAAUUCACUGAGAAGAACUUUCGUAAAGCUCCAAAGGAGUCUAUGGUUCUCAUGUUGAAGGAGUGUAGGGUUCGCUCAAUGAGCGUCAAUCUCAACGUUGCUCCUCCAUCUUUAGAGUUUAAAGGUGCACUUGGCCUGAAGGAUUCUCAUUCUAAUACCGAACAAGUCAAUAUAACCAAAGUUUCUCACUGUGAUGGUUUGUUGUUAUGCACCACCGGAGACGAUAGACUUGUGGUUUGGAAUCCGUGUUUGGGGGAAACCAGGUGGAUCCAACACAAAACUGGUUACGAGAGAUACUCUAGGUUUUCUUUAGGGUAUGAAAACAACAAAUCUUGCCGUAGCUACAAAAUCUUGGGAUGUUGGGACCGUAUUUACGAUUACAAACUAAACGGCCGAGGUUUAAGGUUUGAAAUCUAUGACAUUAACUCUGAUUCAUGGAAAGUUCUUGAUGACCUCGCUCAUGACCUCAUCCUACCGGUAAAUUGCGUGUCUUUAAAGGGAAACACUUACUGGUUUGGUUCUUUUGUAAACAACUUAUUACUUAGUUUUGAUUUUACAACUGAGAGGAUUAAACAUUUUUGUCUUCCGCCAUCUCGGGAUCAUGGUUGUAUCGCUCUAUCAGUUGUUGGAGAAGAACGACUAUCAGUGUUACAACCGAUUGAGAGAUCAAAGAUGGAGAUAUUUGUUACCAAUAAAGUUGAUAGUGAAGCGGCUUUGUUGUGGAGCAAAUCCUUUACAGUGGAUUUACCCAUUGGGCUUAGUUUUCCUGAGGUUUUCGCGAGUCUUUUAAUUGACGAGGAGAAGAAAGUUGCCUUGUGUUGUAAUUUAGCUCUAAGACCGGCAGGAACUUGGUAUACACUAUUGGAGAGGACAGUGAAUAUUACUCAGAAAUCCCUUAUGUAGAAUCUACAAACGAGCCGUGGUGGAUAGCUGCAGAAGACAAACCAUGUUGGUUGCCAUUUAUUUUCAGUUA